CUAUUUAUAUAGACUCCUUUGUUGUAGCCUACUUCUUGCAUAUUAACCCUUUGUGUCUCUCACAAUCCAACAAGGAGAGAUAGAGAUAUAUAUAUAUAGCUCAAGAUAAAAGCUAAUUUGUUUUACUCUAGAGAGAGAGAGGGUUUUGAUCGGAGAAAAAAAUGGCGGGAGGAAUAGGGUUAGGAGACACGACGUACACGAAGGUGUUUGUGGGAGGAUUAGCUUGGGAGACGCAUAAGGAGACGAUGAAGAAGCACUUUGAGCAGUUUGGAGAGAUUUUGGAAGCCGUAGUCAUCACCGACAAGGCCUCCGGCAGAUCCAAGGGCUACGGAUUUGUGACAUUCAGGGAAGCGGAGGCCGCGAGGAGAGCUUGUGUGGACGCUACUCCGGUGAUCGACGGGAGAAGAGCAAAUUGCAACCUGGCCUCUCUCGGUCUUCAAAGAUCCAAACCAUCCACUCCUAACCAUGGAGGAGGAGGCAGGAUUAACAAUAUGAGAGUGAUGAUGAGCACAAUGCAGACUGGUUUUGGACCACCUCCACCACCACCACAACCACCCACCUUCCCUCACUAUCCCCAUCUCCCUCUCAAUCUCUUUGGGUACUCUCCAUACUCGCCAGACUACUCAUCAUUCCCUACGAACUUAUACGGCAUGUACGGCUGUACUUCUGGAGGACAAUACGGAGUCUAUGGAAACCGAAACGGUGGAGGCAGUGGACUAACGGCAGCAGCCGCAUCCGCCGCUCCUUUUUAUCCUUGCGGUGGAGUCCAGUUCUCUCAGCCACAACCAUUUUAUCAUCAGUUGCCGUCUUCUUAUAACCCUCACCAUUACUCUCCUCAGACCUUUUCUAUGCAACAAGGCGUGACUGGCUUUCCGCUUCAGCCACCUCUCAUUCCCUACCGUUAAAGAAGCUUAGAGUCUUUGGUAGCUAUCAAGCUUCAUCUUCUUCUUCUCAGGUCAAGAGCCAUUCUAUGGUUUAAAGGAUGCUCUUUGGCUAAUCUCAACACUUAGUUCCUCUCCCUCUGCUCUAAAAGCCACCCCAUUUUAUGGAAUUUGAGGUGGCUUUUUAUUUGCAGACUCCAAUGGGAUCUCCUAUAUCAGAUGGUGGUCAUGUCGUAUUAGUCAUAUCUCACCUUCUUGCAAUUGCAUCUUCUCUAGAGAAUGGGUUUCUCUCUGAGAGAUAUUGCUAAUGGAGCAUCAUCAUCAAUCACUCAUGUGCCAAACUCAAGCUGAUGCAUGUAUCAGCUUAAUUUGUUUAUGUUGUUUAGCCUAGGGAUGGCUAAUCAACAAGACAAAGAAAAUGUCUGUUAGGAA